AUGCGUGACUGUGGGCUCUGUACUCAGGACAGUGGCGAGUAUCUGGCCAAACUCCUUGUAGUAGGGGCAGGUAGAUGGGGAGCUGCUGGACUUGUGGUUAUCUUCCUUUGCACUGGGGUAGUGUCAGUGGCUGAGUAUCACCGCAGGAUCGAUGCUCUAAAUAGCGAAGAACUGCGCACACUCUGCAGACGUCUCCAGAUAACAACAAGAGAAGACAUCAAUUCAAAACAGGCAACAAAUAUCAAAACAGACCUGGAGCCUGAAGCAUUUCGACCAAAUCUUAGUGAUCCCAGUGAAUUACUACAGCCAGAACAAAUUGAAAAGCUCACAAAGUCUCUUCCACCACGGACCAUCGGGUAUCCAUGGACUCUUGUCUACAGUACUGCAAAGCAUGGCAUGAGCUUGAAGACUUUGUAUCGAACUAUGCUGGGAUUAGACACACCUGUGCUGUUGGUGAUCAAAGACAGCGAUGGACAGGUUUUUGGUGCACUGGCAUCUGAACCUUUUAAAGUGAGUGAUGGCUUUUAUGGCACUGGGGAGACAUUUAUGUUCACUUUUUCUCCAGAUUUUGAGGUUUUCAAAUGGACAGGAGACAACAUGUUCUUCAUUAAAGGAGACAUGGACUCCCUUGCGUUUGGAGGAGGAGGAGGGGAGUUUGCUCUUUGGCUUGAUGGUGAUCUCUACCACGGAAGAAGUCAUUCAUGUAAAACAUUUGGGAAUCAUACACUUUCUAAGCGAGAGGACUUCGUUAUUCAAGACAUAGAAAUUUGGGCUUUCGAAUGAGAAUUUAACUAUUUCUACAGGGUAUUGUCCCAAACCUGACAUGAAUCAGUGCAGCUCAAAAAUCCCUAGGAGCAAUAUAAUUUGCCAUUUUACCGUCUUCAUUUUUUGUAAGUUUUCAGCGUGGCCAUCUAGUCAUUAUUUUGAAAUAGCAGACUUUUUUUUCAUGCUCUCACAUCUGUAAUAUACUGUCCUACUUUUUCUAAGCUGUAGACGCUUU